AUUCAUUCACUGGUUGCGAUCCCGAUUGCGUAUCUUCUGGGAUACUGUUUCCUACCAUCUUCAUAUCAUAUACCCUUUUUGAAAGCAAAACAAAAAGGAUAAAUGCAAGAUGAAAAAGGUAACCAGAACUUUGACUUUAUCUGGAAAGAAAGAGCCGAUGAAACGAACAAGGAAUCGACCUACUGAGACGUCAUAUCCAAAGCCGGUGUGCUUGAAUUUCUCUGACUUGCCCGUUGAGGAACGCAGAUCGUACCUGUCACGUUUUAUCAGCAAAACCACGUUACCAACAUGCAUACGGAUCACCAAGAAUUUCACAUCAAGUAAAGAUGCAGCGAUUGCUUUUAAAAGUGAUGAAAUACUUUUGCUCUGCUUCGUAGUGAAGGUGGAAGUCGUGCACGCUACAGUUGGGAAGACUGAAUAUCGUCUCCCUCUCCACUGCACACAACUACUCGAACCAUUGCCCAUUGAGCCUCUGUUGGAUGACAAAUCAUAUAAAGGUACCAAGGCGCUCAUCGAGGCAACUCCCCUUCCAGAAAUGGUGCGAGUUGUGGAUGCCGAAUAUUCUCCGGAUCCCAUGGCCGAACAGGAUUCUGGUGAUGUCAUCAGAGUACGCCGCGUGGAGUUCCAAGAUCACCCAGAAAGGGGACGAGAGAGGGUUCUGGUGGGUACCGACAUGCGAGGCGAAGAGGUACGUUUCCCAGAGGCAAUGGACAUGGCUUCCUAUACCACCAUGAUCUCUAAAGAUCUUGUACCUCUUUCAGAGUUGGCCAAAUAUGACACACCUCAGCGAGUUCGAAUGCCAGAGGCUACUACACAUGACGCUGACGAACCAAAGCGGAAUAAGAACAAGGAGAAGAUGAUGAAGAUUCACCGGUUUUAUACUGAUUAUCACGUGAUUGCAGCUCGGGCAAUUGACGACGAUCUGCUAUCGAUACCGAUCAAUUCCAAUAUCGCAUUCGAUAUGACUAGCCCCACAAUGGAUGAUAUUGCUAUGAUCCUUCCCGCCGUUUUCAAGCGAACGAAUUCGACCUGGUGCGUGAGUGACAUUACGCAACCAAGGAUGCCAGAGCCCCUGCGUCCUGUACCCCAUCCCAUUGAUGGCAUAUUUGAGGAAUGGGCCAAGAGUUACGAAGGAAAAAUCAAGAUAAACCAAGCAUAUGAAGUCAACAUCAGUGGCAUGAAGAAAAAGAUCGAGGAAAGAGACAGUGAGAUCAGACUGUUGAAGCGGCAAAUACCAAAACCCGGACCACCUUUGGCUAGUCAUCGAGUAUCUUUCCCAGCAGGCGUUGUACCUCCUAGACCUCCAAGAGAAUACCACACGAUGCAGCCACCAAUUAGGGAAAAUUUUACCACUGCUACAUCUUCCACAAAACCACUAAAACCUAUGCCUCUUCCUAAACCGAGUAUCAAAUCUAACACAUAUGACCAAAUUCCCAUCAAGCCGUUACGACCUGCCGGAGAUGAAAAAACCAGGAAGGUGCAAGCUACCAUUCAAGAACUCAAGAGCCGGACAGUACAACCUACCGAAGACGAGGAAAAGAAAAAGCUACAAGCCACCAUCCAAGAACUCAAGAAUGACCUCUUUGAGAAAGAAUCGAAAAUAUUUGAACUCUUGGCCGCCGAAAAAACACAAAAGGAACGAUAUGAGACACUUCGGAAAGAGAGGGAUGAACUGAUAACAGCACAGGCAACUGAUCGCCAUCAGAUUCUACAACUUCAGAGUAUGAUAGAUCACAUGCAUAAUGUACAGGAAGGUGGGAUCUACGAAGAACUCGAAGAUGUGGUGCAUUCAUCCAACUAUGCAACGCCUUACUCGGGAAAGAAGGUCGACAAAAAGAUGACAGUACAAGAUGUUGGCGACUUCCUGCGACACAUAGGUCUCUCUGACUAUGUGAAAACAUUCUCCAUGGAACAGAUAGAUGGUUUGAUGCUUCAGCAUCUGGAUGAAGAUAUCAUGAUAGGUGAUCUUGAGAUGAGGAAGCUUGAUGCUCGUCGACUUUUCACUAAGAUGAAACAACUCAGAUAGGGUUGUCUGAUCCUUAAACAAGCCAGGGCCCCGUCUGACAAAGAGUUACGAUUGAUCCAAUCGACCGUAUCUCUAUGGAAAUCCAUCAGUGUCAUAAUUUUUCUACAAGGAAUUCGCACAAUGUCCUUAAAACAAAGAGAAUCACUCUGAAUCUUCAAGAGAACGAUACAUGUAUGAAUGUACAUCAUAUCUAGAAAAUAUUUUGAACAAAUUUGCAGUUUUAGAUGUUGAUGUUGCUGGCCGUCCAUAGUUGUGAUUGAUCGGAUCGAUCGUAACUAUUUGUAAGACGGGGCCCAGAUAUGCAGCUGCUUCUUUGGUUUUAUGAUUAUUAUGGGGCGCCAAAUAGCAAUCUGGAAAGAACCACAGGUUCACAGAAUGUGCCCACAGUGUGUUCACAGUGUGUUCAGUGUCCACAGUGUUUCACAGUGUGACAACAGUAUGUUUACAUUGUGUUCACAGUGAGUCCACAGUGUGUUCAGUGUCCACAGUGUUUCACAGUGUGACAACAGUAUGUUUACAUUGUGUUCACAGUGUUUUACAGUGAGUCCACAGUGUGUUCAGUAUCCACAGUGUUUCACCGUGUGUGUCCACAGUGUGUUCACAGUGUGUUCGGUGUCCACAGUGUUUCACAGUGUGACAACAGUAUGUUUACAUUGUGUUCACAGUGUUUCACAGUGAAUCCACAGUGUGUUCAGUGUCCACAGUGUUUCACAGUGCAUUCACAUAUAUGUGAUUCACACUGUCAAAAUGCUCAAAUCUAACAGUGCAGGUAAGGCUGUAGACCCCCCCCCCCCCCCGACAUUGUGAGCGUUCACAGAAUUUUCAUAUAAAUUACGUGAAGAUGGGAUUUCUUGCUGUUAAUUGCUCAAAUUUAACCGUCUAGAUCAUGGUCCCCUGGCAUGGCCCCCCGGGGGUGCUAGGGGUGCUGAAGUAGGGCCUACCCUCAAGAUUUGCCGGGGGAGGAGGGGUGUUGCGUGUGUUAUUCAACAUAGGAAGCACACCCUGGAAAUCAAGUAGGAAUGCUAAAAAGUAGAAAUUGAUCCCAGAUUGCCUUCAUUUUGUAGUGAAAACUUAUCUUUUUUUUUGCCUGUCAAAUUUGUCUUCAAAACCAGCACCCCCUAUUAAAAAAUCGUUCCCAAAGACCUUGUGUAAAAGUGAUUUCACUUUGGCCCGUAUUCUGAACUCGGGUUUAAAUUAAACCCUGGUUUAAAGUUGUGGUUAAACUAUGGAGAGCCAAUUGGAGCACAAAUCCCUAACAGAAUUGUUCAUAAUUGUCUGGGAAUGAUUACUGAGUGUAUUUUUCUUCAUUAUUAAAGCAAACGGGAACAAAAUAGUAAACAUAAGAAAUAUAUAAUAUAAACAUAAUUUUUGAACUCUUGGCUCCCCAUAAUUUUAGCACAGAGUUAGACCGUGAGCUAAGUUAAACCUGACUUCAGAAUACGGGCCAUUGUGUUUUAAUCUGCGAACACGCUGUGAGACAUACCAACUAACACUGUGUUUAAAAUAGAGUAUGGUGUUGAAAUUCAUUUUAAAAAAGAAAACAGCUAGUUUAUCCGAAAAUUUUGUUAUUUCUUUGGGUGUCUUACAGGGUCAUUUGCACUAUAUUUUAAACUGACUUUCAUCUAAGACUGCAACCUAGGGUUCCCCUGGAAAUUCUAUGUAUUCAGCAGGGGCCGUUGAACCGGGGGGGGGGGGGGGCAGGGGGCUUCAGUCCGUGUUCAGCUUUUGGCUCACCCUCCCACUUACAGAGUAAUUUGAAGGAUGGAACGAAAUACAAUUUUAUGUAUAAUUGUGAAUUGAAUUUGUAUAUAAUUUGUAAGGAAGUGCUGGCGCUCAUUUUACUUAAGUCUGUGACUUCAAUUUUGUAAAUAUGCAAUUCAAUUAUUUGAUUAUGUGAAGCGUUUUUCUGAGGAAAAUAGUAAGUUAUACUGGUAUACUGGUCGUAUUCUGAAUGGAUGGAUCGUUUUUGCGCAAAAAGCACCUUUCCUUUCCCAAAAAGCACUGUAUAUAAUUGCAAUGAUGUACUUAGCGUUAUCUACUCUGUUCGUUACAUGGAGUUUAUUUAUUUUAUUUAUUUAUUGAUAUAUUCAUAUUCCACAAUCAUCAAAGUACAUUUAUAAUAAAUCAUUUUAACACUGAAAAAAAAUGCAUAACACACAGGAUUGAAACGUAGCAAUGAAAUGAAAAAAGUGGAGGGGCCUACUAAAAAGCAAAGCUUGUAAAAUGUAGACCCCCUGUCAAAAUUUUAUACAAGGGUAAUAUGAUAUAAGUAGAGUAAAAUAAUCAGCAAAAUUCUAUAAAAUUAUAUAUAAACACUGUAACACAAAUGUAUUUACACUAUAUACAAAAUUAAAUAUUGACUUUAAAAUAAUCAAUACUACCGUGGGUAAGUAUGAGGUUCACAAAAUAUUUGAUUGAAUCAAUAAGAGUUCAGAAUAAAUUUUUUGAUGAGUAAUUUAAAUCGGUUUAGAUUAGCUGCCUCUUUUAUUACUCUGUCCAGAGAAUUCCAGAGUUUUGGUCCUGUGAAAAAUACAGUUUUGCUAGAAAAUACUGUUCUACUUUUGGGUAAGUGAUAGUCAUUUGAAUGUCUCGUAUUAUAUGAAUGUAAAGUAUUGUUUCUCAUAAAUUUCUUUUGUAGGACAUUAGGUACACUAUACCAAAAAGAGGCACUAGAAAAUAUACAGACGGGGUUAAACUUCCAAUAUGAGCAGAAAUAGGACGUCAGUAUCAGGUAUUUUUUUCUAUGAAAAGUGGCAAAGAAUAAUUAUUGAUAGUUGCUAUUUCAUGAUAAUAUUCUAUCCCAUACACAGAAAGAUGACUUCUCAUUUUUUAAAGCAGAUAUACAAGUUUUAUAUUUGUUUCUUAUUAAUAAAGGUUUACAUAACUUUAUUAUGUUAGAACAAUCGCAUUUGUAUUGUUCGCUUUUGUGCUCUGUACAAUGUUUUUUUAUGCGGUAAAUCAAACCUAUCCAGACAAAUUGGUUAUAAAUAAUUUUAUGACCUACUUCCCGGUUGUACAGUGGUGUGUGUAUCGGACUCUGGGUGAAAAUAAAAAGUAUCAACUUCA